AAGCAUUUAAAAUCAAAAAGACGCUAACACAGGAGGAGGGUUAAAGACCUACACAACAGCCUGUCUUCAGUGAGCACUUUUGGACCUUUGGCUUCACUUUAGGGGAAUUGGCGUGCUGUCAGGGUUUUUAUACAGCCUAUGGUUUGGACCCAGACACUGAGAUGAUGUUUGCUGUUUAAUUUAAUUUAAUUUAAUUUUUUCUUUAUUCCAUUUUAUUUCUAUGGUGAGAGCCUUCCUACCUUUGGCUUCACUUGUGGGGAGUUGGUGUCCUGUCAGUGUUUUUAUACAGCCUAUAGUUUGGACCCAGAUACUGAAAUGUUAAUUGGUGUUUAAUUUUUUUUUCUUUGUUUCAGAAAAAACAAUGGAAAAGUUUUGAACGACCGAAAAAUAGCGUGCUAUCGUUAUAAAACGGUAAAUGUUUACGGUGAGAUAGAGUGUGCCGUGCAGUUCAACGUGCUGUCACCGCCGUGGCUCCGCCCCCUCUCUCUGACGUAUCAGGGAGAGUACUGAGCAGAGGGAGGAAAGCAGCCUUUAAUUGCAGGCAAAAAGAAAAGCCAGCGAUGGCUUCGCUCAGGCAGGAGCACCAGUACGGGCUCUCCUGUGGAAAAAACAACAAAAACAGCUCCAACAGGACGCUGUACCAUGUCAAGCUCACGGACACGGCUAUCAGAGCGCUGGAGGCUUUCCAAAACCUCAAGGUACCUUAUUUUUGUGUUUGUGUGCGCGCGAGCUUUUAGAGAUGAAUUGUCAAAGUUGUCGCGUGAGCUUGUGUUUGUAAUUGUUAAGCUGUUGAAAUCGGCAAGUUUAUUUUUUUCCAGUUAUCGUGGGUCUUUAUUUUCCUUCUUUCUUUAUUGUUGAAAGCGUUGUCCCUCCUGCUCGGUCGCCCGUGUGUAAUUCAGUGGAUUGGUGUUAGGUUCAAACUCGCUCACUUCAGUUUAACUAAAUCAGUUGGACACAUGUCUGUAUGGCAUACCAGGACUGAACCCUGUGAUUGUCGGGAAAGACGAGCCCAUCAGCUGUUUGAUGGGAAAUCUUCCUCAUGCUUCUUCAAACACUGCCUGUGGUCUGCCAAGUUUUCUAAUUGAUACAGUAGACUAGUUUGAGUCAUUAUUAGUUCAAUCUCAGACCACUGGAGUCACGCAGGCUGUGAUGAUUGUGAAACUUUCACACAUACACACACCCUGUAAACACGCUACAGUAUUGUACUUGCAGUACAAAUAUAAGGAGUUACAUGGAAUAAAGUGUUGUUUUUUCUUCCUUCUUAGGGAUCUUUACCGAGUGAACCAUCGAUUUGUUUUAAAGGAAACCAAGGGGUAAGUUUAUGUUCAUCUUAUUUUCCACAAUUAAUAUGAUCUUGCCUCAGAGGGCGAUCAGAUGUGUCAGAAUCUGUUUCAAACACACACCAAGUGAUAUUUCUUUGCUUCCCAAAAGGCCCCCCCCCAAAAAAAAAACACAUCAUUGAUAUUUUCAAAAACAAUAAUAUCCACCAAAUAAGUGUUUCCUUAGCCACUGACAAGCUUUUGUUCACCACACACACUGCUGUAGACUCACAUGGCUCAUCAUACUGCGGCUCAGAGGGGAGCUUAUAGCCGCUCGACUCCAGCAGAUAGGAGGCAUGCAGGUUACUGGGUCAGGCUGGUGACUGUGGAGAGGCUUUGUUGGGUCAGUAAGCGGCGCUGGGAAAAAGACAGGAGGGGAGGGAGAAAGAGAGAGGUGCACUCACAGAGCCAGCAGAAGGGAGAGGAGUUAUUUUAAGUCGAAUAAGGUGCCUUCGGAUUGUCUCAUUUUGAAGAUUACAUCGAAAUAAUGAAUAUUUGUGCAGAUGUUUCCACUAACUGUCCCUAAUACUCAGAAAGAUACUGAUAUAUCUGCAAUAAUCUCGGGCUCUUGAGCUGUAAUCUGCAUGUAGGCUGAAUUUAGUGUGUUUUGACUUGAGUCAGGAGCAGCUGUGUCCUUGGGGUGUGCUUUACUUUUCAGUUGGAUAAAACAGUACAGAGUGUUUUCAAAGAGCUGCAGCCCCCUUGCUGCCAUGACAAGCUGCACUGAGUGCUGGUGGGUUUUGUAAAGGGGGCUUGUGUGGUAAAACAGACUGGAUCAAACCUGUGAGAUUGUGUGAGAGUAGUAUGUAAUUUGCUGUAGUACUCCGUCUGAAUUUGAGGGACAGUUUACACCUGUAAUUGAAAGAAGCUUUCUGGCACAACUACAUGGAAGUGAAGAAACAUCCAAAAAAGGUUAAACAGCCUUUUUGUGCGAUGAAAGUGUUGGUCUGACAACAAACUACAUGGUUUCUUAAGUGUUAACCUCUGUAAGCCUACUCCAUUUUUGCUCUUUCCUUUACGAGACUGAGGACAGUGUCGCCCAUUUUUACUAGUAUUUUUGGUGCAGUGUCCAAACUGGCUCUUACAAAAACUUAGAUGAUACUCUGGGCUUGUUGGACUCAGCAGCACUUUUCUGCUCCAAGUCAUCUGUCUAAGGUCAGGGGUCAAUUUUAUAGUUGCUCUUUUUUUCUUCUGACUGUAUGAAACUGGGCACAGAGCAUUGACAGGAAUAUGUGUGGCAUGAAAAGGAAAAUAAGGAUUAAAAGGAGAUACUGCAAAUCGAGUCCACAGCUUCAUAGCUCACACACUUUAUCCUGAGGUUGAGUUUGUGAAGGCGAGCAGUUAGUACUGGAUUAAUAAUUAUAAUCAUUUGAUUCAUUUUUAUCAACUAAAACUAUAAAUUUAGUGUACUUAAAUUGACGCUCAUUAAUUUGCCUAUUGCGGGAUUGACAGAUUAUUGGCUUUGUGUGUGCCACCUGUUCAAACAGAAAAAAGGAAGUUUAGAAUUUGUUUUACACAACUGGUUUUAUGUACGAGUCGAUAUUUAGUGUUAAGAAAUUGAGUCACUGUCCAAAAAGAUGCAGUUCCCCUUGUGUUUAUUUGAGGCUGGCUCCAAAUGCUCAAGAAUCCCCAUCAGAACCUACAGCCCAUAUGACACCAUGUUUAUGAUAACAGGUCGGACUUGUUACCUAAUACAUAAUUUCUUCUUUCAUCAUUUCAAUUAUAUUGGGAGAUAUAGCGAUGCUUAAUCAGCGGGUUUUUCUGUAUUUUGUAUACUUGUGUAUUUUGGCUUUUUAUACACAUGUUAACAGAGCUGUGGGUCCCUAAAAAUGGAGAUUUUGAAAACUGUGUUGUGUUGAAAAAAAGUUGUUGAAGGACAUCGCUCAAACUUGUGCAUGGUGAUUGUUUUUGUUGGGCAUGUGCCAAGUUGGCUGGCUACCAGUUUAUGUAUGCUUGGUGUUUGGUUUAAUUUCAUGUUUACAAGGAAAACGGUCCUUUCUUUAAAAUUGUUGGUAGUGGCGUGCUGAGUAAAUAUAUUUACACAACAGUUUGUAAUUCACCACUCCAUAUGCAGCUGUAAAAACUCUGUUAACUCUCUUAAAAACAUUGCACUCUCAUAACAAAUACGUAAAUGUUUCUUUCUGUGGUGUUUGACAUGAUUGACUGUUAACACAUUAACACUGCCCACUGGCCUGAGUUAGGAUAAGAAUUAAGGUUAGGCUAAUGUGCAUUUCAGCUGUUUCUAUGUUAUCAUAAGGACUGCGUUGUUUUCCACUUAAAAAAAUUAAACUCUCCCACCUGUGGACUUGGCCUGUCAGGUGCGCACAAUGAAGCUGUUUUCCAGGAGGAAAACAGCUUCAUUGUGCUCACCUGACAGGCCAAGUCCACCUUAACUCUACCUCUUAACUUGUUUAGCUGUCAGUAAAGUAAGGUCAGUAUUUCCCUCUUUGAAAACUGACCACUGAUAUCACUGGGACGAUGUCUGUGAUUUUUUUUUGUCUGUGGUUAUAUUCUAGUUUUUCUUGAGUAAUGCUAGAGAGAUGUCUUAUAGGACAGUGCAGUUUAUGCAUGAACAGCAUAGGUGUUUUUGGAGACCUGCGUCUGUAUCUGAGUUUUCCUGCAUGACAAAGUCUCAUAUUUACACCUGUACUGUCAUUGUGAAGUCUGGGGGAUUGCAGAGACUUUCGCAGCCCUCCCUGUAUUUUGCACUGUGAGAUAAAGUCAUCAGCCAAAAUGAAUGUUUAGAGGUAAUUACAGUAACCAUAAUACCGUUGAUUACAGCAUGAGGCAUCAUGACUUCUGUUUGCAUUUGCUUUCCCUAUCUGCCUGACUCAGACAGUCAUGAGUGUGUGUGUGUUUUUGUACGGGUGAGUAUGUGUGCAGGUAGAUGAAAUGAACUCUGGCCUGCUAAUUUUGCUGUCCCACUUUUUCUGUGUGCGUGCAAAAAAAAGAACACGCCUUGUUUGCUAGAGUAGUGUGUGUGUGUGUGUGUGUGUGUGUGUGUGAUACACUGGCUACAUUGUUGGGUGUUAAAAGCUGUGGAUAGCUGUUGUUAUUCUGUGUUUUUGCUGUGCCCUGUGUGGCCUGAAGGCAUGAUUUAUUCAUGUCCUUUUUCCUGUCCGGCCCCCUCUGCUCAUUGUGCAGCAGCCUUCAGGACCAGAGAGGAUCUCCCAAGGACCUCUGUGUGUUUGUUUGUUUGCCUCGCCUUUACUUUUCUAUGGCUUGGGUUUUCUAUUGAUCUGUAUAUGCUUGAGUGUUGGAUUUUUUUCUCUCUGAGUGUGUGUUGGGCCUGCCUGAGCUAAGAUCCCCCAGACUCCUGCUUUAAGUGUGUGUUUCCUCCUCUGAUUUGAAUAACAAUGAGUGGGGGAAUGUGGGCUGUUUGUUGUCCCCCUCUUUGCAUCAGCCGAAAUGAAGUGAGUACAGUGGGUCCAGAUGUGUUGGGGUCUGCCCUGAGGGUUUGUUUGAGCUCCAUAUGACAGAAACUCCCCUGCUGUGGAUCUAAUGGAGUGGAGACUGAGACAGAGAACACUGAAAACAUCGUCCAUUAAGAACACCAAGUUUUUAAGCCAUGACCAAAGUUUGGAGUGGAAACUUUUAUCUGACAUCUGAGAGAAAAAUUACCUCUGAUGCAGUAGAAGCUGAAUACGGAAGAAAAGACACAAAACAGCUAGAUGACCUUAAUGAAAAACUUUUAAAAUGCACUCUCAAUUGAUGCAUAAAUCCCCUUGUUUAAAAUUUACAUGAGUUACAAUUAAGAAUGCAGGGUUACUCCACAAGGAGCUUUCAGUGAUCUCUUUAUGAUAAUGUUUUACCAGCCCCCAAAACGGCCUGUUUACUUUGAUGACAAACUUUUCAAAUACACUCUUAAUUCAUACAUAAAUUAUCUUAAAACCUGUUGUUUAAAAUAUACAUGAAGGACAAUGCAGGGGUACUCCACAAGGAGCUUUUAGUAAUCUCAUUAUGAGUGUUUUACCAGCUUUCUAACAUCAGGUUUCAGGAGGUCCUCUAGUUAAUCAAUAAUAGCAACUGGCGUCUCUCCUCUUGCAUUAUCUGUUAAAUAAACUCAACCGGUAUCAGAGGGGUAUUUUGGAUCUGCUAUUGACACGUAGUAGAGGUUAUAGACUGUAUAAAACAUGGACCCAGUUUCUGUGACACUGCUUUGCGGUUUGCGGUGACAUUUUGAAGCUUAUUGAUGACUGUUUUAAGGGUUGACUCAACUUAAAAACAGCUGAACAAGAGGUGGACCCCGUGGACUUGUUUGUCAAUUUGGCCAUAACUGUAGUAAUGCAAUUUUAUGUUCAACUCUUAGCCCUCAAAUGAUCUCAACAGGUGUAUUAGACCCACUCCGAUGAAAAUCAUGUUUUUCUUGUUUUUUUAUAUCUCCAUAUGGUAUUUUUCCGAUUCUGUAGACAGAUCAUGAGAAAACUAAAUGCGAAAUUUCUUUUCUGAGUAUUUCUUCAUUCAGAUCGCUGUGAAUCUCUGGCAGACCCAAACGGCAGCUUCAGAAACAGUGAGAUUUCAUACGUAACCAAUCCAAGCUCCAUCCCCAGAGCCCCGCUAUGCAGGCCAGACUCUGCAUAUAAAGGAAAAAUACAGAGGAAGAUCGCGGAACAAGUAUGUGCAUUGACGGAAUGGCUAUGUUCGUAAAAAAGCUGAUUAUGAUAUUAGCUUUCAUCAUGUUCCCAAAGACAUUAGUGUCCGAGAGCUGAUUAGCUCCUAUGCUACCUGCCACUUCUGCUGCACCAGUAAUGCUAGGCUACAAGCUAACGCAAAGACGAGUGUGCAGAGCAGCGCUGUCUCCGCCCACGACUCAGCAGUGAAUUGCUUACGAGCUACUCGAGCUCUGCAGAAGAAAAGCCCUUAAAAAAUGACACAGGUAACACGACUUUUGGUAAAAACUUCAUAAUCGCAAUUCAAAGACCGCUGAGAAUACUUUAAGUAGUAAAAGAAAAACGAUCGGCGUGGGACUAUAAAGACAAAUCAUCCUCCCUACAGUGUGCCAAAAUAUGUAAGUAAAUGAGCUACAAACCUUAAACUGUAUUUUGAAACCGCCUGUAUUUGACAAUAUGGGCACACAAAAUGUGGCGCUACACGUCUAGCAGUUUGCCCCCCAUUCAUUGUGAAUUGCAAACAGAUAGCAUUCUUGGACUCCAGGCGGCAUCACUUAUUAGCAACUUCUUUCCCUCAGCGUGUCAAUAUCAUGCAUUUACAGCAAACAUUGUAGAGUGUCGGUUUUAUUGAUAAGACCACUCAAUUCAAGACAAGUGAUUCGACCUGAGUGGGUGGGUGUCUCUCAGCACCCUGACCACCUCUGGUGAGCGAUACUGUGAGGAUCAGCAGUGUUUUGCAGUUGGUGUUAGCACUGGAUUCACUUACUAUAGGUCUUGAAAUUUGUAUCAGGAGGGGGAAAACGAGUGUCAGUGCCAGGCGCUGUUCAUGUUAUGCAUGCUGGUCUUUGUAAGUGAAUGGUGUCUUUCUCAGAUCAAGUUAAUCUGUGUGUUUGACCACAAAGGGCGGGCUGUUGAGGGAUUAUAAUAUUUAACAGUAAUGUUUAUAACUCACAUGCCAGGAAUGAAAAUCUUGUGCACCAACCUGAUUGUGUAUUUAAUAAUCCAGCGUCAGUGUGCAAUACGAUGACAAGCAGCCCUCUGACAUCCAUCAAACAGCUGUAAACCCCCCACCUCAAUGAAGCGGCUUGGAGAUAUGGAGCACAUCUUGGCUUGGCGAGGAACCUGUCCCAUCUAAUUCCCUCAUGUGAAAGUCCACACCACCAGCUAAUGAGGCGUAAAAGGGCGUUUGUCCACCCCAGACAUACACACUCGGGUUUGCAUCUCUGUGGAGGAUCCCACCUAGCUCGGGGGAGAGGAAGGAGGGGGCUUUUUGUCAGACACAGUGACCCACAAUUUGUUGAAGUUGACAGUCUGGCCCGGCGGCACCAGCCUGAGACGUAUCGUUCUUGGCAUCGGAGGGGAAAACCUCGGGGGAUGCUUGUACCACAGCACCCUUACUGCCCCCCCCUUCCACUUUCGCCCUCCUCCUUCAUACUCAAAUACUAGAGCUGGUAGCUCUGGCAGCAGCUCUGUCCCUGUGUGAGAUUGCAAAUGAAAAGGAGUGGAGGGUGAUUACAGACUGGGGCUUGAUUACAUGCACUGUCUCCCACUCAAGUCGGCCACAUUAAUCACCCAGUGGCAGCAUGUGGAUCACAGUGAGAGAGAAGACGCUGGGUAGCUCCAAGCACUGACUGAUUGACUCUCGGAUCGUAAACACACACAAAAACCUGCAAAAAUCUCGUCUAUUCCCUUGUACAUCCCUCAGCCCCCCUGUCCCUUGUUCUUCCACUCUGUGCUGCAGACACAGACACACAUUGUGUUUUUGUAUCACUGUCUUCCAUUGUGGCAUGAGGGGGGGCUUGUCUUAAAUGGCAUGUGUCAACUUGUGGGCCUGGGAACGAUUUGGCUCUUUUGUUUGCGAUUGAAGUGAAGAAAAGUCGUGUUUACCAGAGUGUGGUGAAGAUGAGGGUGGUGUCUAGCUGUCUGUGAGUUUUUAGAGAUGUUUAGCUGAUAGCUAGAUUUAGGCCUUCCUCCCUCCUCCUCCUCACCCUCAUGAGCAGCAGGAGUGAGAGGAGCUGAGCCUCUCCUUGCUCACGCUGGAUUAACACACACACACACGCACGCACACACACACUCACACCUCAUACAUACACAAAGUUUGCAUUAGCCCCCAGCCAGAGUGACUUGCCUCCUGCUGACAACAGACAGCGGUGGUGGCGACAGGUUACACUCCCUCCUCCUUCUCCUCCCCCUCCUGCACCUCCUCCCUCUCCUCCGAUCAACCAGAAAGGGGGAAACCGUGCCAUGGCAUCCCACACUGGAGCCGCGGAGGUCAGAACAAAAGCCAGCCUGUUUUCAGAAGGCCAUUACUCAGGCUGCAGAGGAUGUGGAAACAAUAGGCUGCAUGAGAUCUACACCCAGACCUCACAUUCAACCAACAGCUAGCAGGAAACAUAAGUCCCAUGCCUCUUCAGCAGUCUUUCACAGUUUUUGUCCAAUUGGCUUUAUAGUUUGAUCAACCUGUGGAAAAGUUACCAUCACGCCGAGUGUCCCCAAUGAGAGACAAGGACAAUGGCAGACAUUUAUUUCUGUUAUUUUUAUUUAACUCUUGAAAAUUUCCAGAAGUUAUCCUUCGGGAAAAUGGCCAAUUUUUUCCACCCCAACUGCACUGUACUCAUCAGCUCACCCUUAAAGCCCUUGUGAGGAGUUUUUAAUACAGCUGUGAAAGACUGACAUCCACAGUGAUGUUUUUUUAUGAGAGAAAAAAGCAAACAAAGCCAUCUGCAACAAGACUGAUCAUCUCCAGGUUGUAAUGUUUAAUGCUUGUAGGGGGUAGGUGCCAGCCCCGAUGAUUGAUAGCAGGCCAAAUAAAAGGCUUUGUUUUACUUGGUCCACAGCAAAUCCACUAAAUGAGUGAUGCAUAUAACCAUCUAAAGAAAGCAGGAUGGGAUCUUUCACCAGAGAACACUUGCACAGGAAAGAAUCAAUAAAGAGAUCAGGAGUUCUACUUUGUCUUCCAAAAAGAAGGGGGGUAUGGUGGCCGAGAACCGCCACUGCUGCAAAUAAAAAAGAAAAUUAAAAAAAAAGAAGCCACAACGGAAGUUACCGAUAGAAAAAAAAAAAAAGAAACCGAAGCCCACUGCAAAUAAAAAAAGAAACGGUGCAGAUUAAAAAAAAAAAAAAAAAGCUACAACGGGUGGUAAGGACGCAAAAAUGGGUCUGCGUACUUACUUAUUUCUAUGAGUAAAGCAUCCGAACCGUAAAGCUACCGAACUUGAUUCUCCUUGAUUCUCCAGGCUGUAGUGGGUUUCCCAAGUUAGCCAUAGCUAACACUACACUGGAAAUUUUGUUUUCGCAGUAACUUUUUUUUUGUUUGUUUUUUUGCAUCAGCACUUUUUUUUCAUCGUGAACUUCCAUUGUGGCUUUUUUUUAUCUGCACCAUUUCUUUUUCCAUUUGCUGUGGGCUUCAUUUUUUUUUUCAUCAGUAACUGCCGUUGUGGCUUCUUCUUCUUUUAUUUAUUUUUUAUUUUUUGCAUUCUUUUUUUAUUUGCAGCAGUGGCUGUUCUCGGCCACCAUAGGUGGGGAACCAAAAAUUAGACCAACACUGAGUUUCUGACAGGAGCUUUAAAAAAUUCUGCAACAGAUUGGGUUGGAUUAAUGUGUGAACACAGCAGGAUUUACUUGAUCUGGUUGAAGCAAGUGGGCGUAGUAUGAUGCAAGUAUUAUCUGACUAAUGAUUUUAAUGCACACACUGCUUUUUUCUUCCUCCUGCUUGCCAGUAAGUCCCCUUUUCCUCUUUAGUUUUGAUUUGUCUCUGCUGGGAACACAUGAUCUUCCACUCCACACCGUUCACACGAAAACCUUUGACUUCUUUUUUAAAAUAACUUUAGGACUAUCAGGUGCCUAGGUGGAGCAUGCGGCAGGAGGGAGAGGAAAAGCAAUACUUUGUAAUGGUGAAUGCUUCUAAAUUACUAUCAGUACUUUGAAUUAAGGUCAAUUUCUACCUUACAAACACAGUGGAAGAAAAGUUAUCAUCAACCGAGGUGAACAGUACAGAUUGAAGAGUAGAGUAACUCAGAUCAGCGAAUUAAGUUUUCAUUUUGUCAAAUGCUUUGGAUAAACAACUUUUACUUGCUGCAAUUACACAUCGACUUACGUCAAGUCUGUUGGAGCGGGGUGAACAGAUUAAGCUGUUUAAUUUCACAUGCUGUAAAAUGUCAGGUGAAUGAAUUUUCAGUUGUGCAGUGCGACUGGCGCUUUGGUGACUUUUAAUGAGCACUAGGAAUUAAACUGUAGGCCACACUGCUUAUUAUCACAGUUAUUAAAAAAACAAGGUUUUAAAAUUAAAGUAACAAUAAUCCAAUGAACAGUUUUAACCAACUAAGGCCAGUCUCACAAAAGUGUACAAUGAUCACACUCUCCUGUGAUUUUAUGAAAUAUCACAGGAUUUACUACUAUCUGACAUUCAUUGUGUCCGUGUGUAACGAUAUGAAAAUCAUGAAAUAAAGAGAGAACUGAUCUGCUGUUGGAGCAGAUCUUUAAAACACACACCCUCAUACAGUUGCAGAAUUAGUUGAGAAAAAAAAAGCACACUAAUAGAUGUCAGUGUACAUACUCGUAUUUCUGGUUUUCAGACAGACGUUUCUUUCAGCUCAAACCCAAAGAAGAGCAAGCAACAACUCAUCAAACAUUUAGCUACCGCUUCUCUGAUCUCUUACAUAAGCAGGGAGGUGAAAAGUUGAAAUUUUAUGCCAUUUUUCCCAUUUUUUAACAUGAUGACUAUAGAAAGAUUAUGACUGAAGACAUCAGAGGCCUGAGGGAAUGGAUGCGUGCUGAAAAAGUUGGGUGUGAAAUGAAGGGAGUGAACAGAUCAAACAGAUACAUAAGUUCAUAAAGUGACAGGGAAGACUGUAUUUGAGCUAAUGCAGAACGGCAGUGGGAUUUCAUUUGAUUUUUAUUUGCCUCUGUAGACUCUGAAUGUUAAUGAAAGUAGUGCUCUCACUUACACGCAAAUAGGUCUCUUUAUCUGUGUUGUUGACGCCUACAAGCUUUGAUUGCACUUUUAGUGCUGGGACCAAUCACCACUUAAGCAUUGACAGCAUUUUAAACAGUGAUUUUGUGGAAACGAAGAACUCCACUCUCUGGUCACAUUUAUACAACUGAAUGACUCUCUGCUCCACCACAAUUUGCACAAAGAGCAAAGAUAAGCCUUAAAAUGAGCUCAUAGCCAUUUUCGUUUUUUAUCAUGCCACUCUUUGACACUUACAGACCUUAUUAAUAUUACUCUGAUGUCUGAAAACCUUCCUUUCUGCACUUUCUGCAAUGCUUUGUUUUGGCUUCUUUUCCAGUGAUGUAAAAUUGGACUCAGCUUGUGGGUGUUACUUUUUGCACAGCUUUGUAGAGGUGAAGCAACCUGAGAGUUAUGCCUUUUACAAAUAAUAUUUGAAGCUAGCCAUUAGCUUCCUAUUUUAGCUAGUAGUUAGCUUCAGUAACAUUCGAGACACAAAUCCAGCUCCUACUGGCCUUUUGUUUACAAAGACGUCAUCACUGAACUGGCAAGCACAGACAGUUCUGUUGUGACUGUUUUCUUCCAAACAUGGAGGGAGCUGUGUCCAGUGAGGCCUUUAUUUGGUGCUGGUAGCGCCCAUGACCUCAAUUUCAGAGCACCUCUCUGCUGUGUACUGUGCCUGAGUUACAACCUGGGCUGCUAUCAUUCAGUGGCUUAUUUUACAAAACCUAAAACGAGUUGAAAGCAAGUGUGUCAUAGCAUUAGUAGCAGCUCCAAACCUGGGAUUGUUCUUUGAAAAACAAAUAUGGUCUUUUCUCUCUUGAGCAGGCCUUCACCAUUGUUGUAAAUGAAGCUAUCAGAAGUUCCGCCCCUUCCUGAUUCUGAUUGGUUAAUAGUCAAGAAGAGACAUUGAGAGUGCAGAGCUGUUCAAAAAGUUUUUCAAAGUAUGACUGACGCUGAAGGCAUUGACCUUCCUUGAGUUUGAGUAGAAAAUAGGUGUGGCCAGUGCUCAAAAAUGGCAUCAGUCAGCACAACACUUAAAAAAAAUUCCCUACUGGUUUUUGGUUCCUUCGCAUACAGAAACAGAAAACAGCUAUGAUUCUCCCACAGAACAAAAAGAACAAAAAAGAGCAACUUUCCAAUAUGUACUGAGUCGAUUAAGUGCAGAAUAGAGGGAAAGCUAAGAGGUGAACUGGACUGUUCAACCUCUAGGUGGGCGUGUCUUUGGCUUGUCCUCUAACACGGUCCUAAAAAGAUGGCAGAUGACAUCAGGUUCAGGCCAAGGCCUUGAAUGAGCUGUUCAAGAACUCAGCUGGGUAUUAACAUCAGUGUAUUUUAUGUUUUGCACAUCCAAUAUUGUAGCAUCAUAAGUAUGGAUUAAAACAGAGACCUACUUAAUAGGUCUCUAACCCUUUAACAUACUUUAAAAUUGAAGUCUAAGGUAGGUGAUGGAAAUAGAAAAACUUGAAAUGAGUUGGUCCGUCUCUAUUGAUGCAGAAAGUGUUGUGACGUUUGCAGACAAAAAACAGAUGGACACACUUUGUGUUUGCCAAGAGUAACGCCUGGGAGAGGGAGAUUGAUGAGGACAAAAGAAAACAGAGGCAGGCAGACAGACUGGUGUUAUAGAGGCGGGAAGAACUGGGACAGGCUUGAUAUUUUCUGUUUACGAAGACAGAGGAGGAACGAUUGAACAGGCAGAGGAACCAGGAUGAGACUGUGGGCGUAUCUCUGAUUGAAGAAAGGGGGAUGUGGGAUGACGGGCAGGUUUAGGGAUGAGACCGGCUUGUCUUAGGGUGAAAUGUUUGAGUUAAAAGAAUUAUAUGUUGAAACACUUCUCAGAUGUUCUCUGCUCACAGGGUUUGCUUUUUGGCCUCUGAGGGUCAGUGAGCAUUACUGGGGUCAAAGGUUAUUAUCCAAGUCAAGGGCAACUUUUAUUACACAAAUUUCUUCAGCAGGGAAUUUUUUGGCAGGUGUGUUUAGACCUAACUAUCCACAGAACUUAAUUUUAAAAAAGUAAGCAAUCAUGAAGAGUCACCAAGUCCAGAAGAAGCUUUGAGAUUCUCUGAAUAUUUUACUUGAAAGGAAGACAAUAAAUAUUUCAUUAUUCAUGGUCAGUUAGAUUCUUUUACGGCCCAGUCCUUUUGUAAAAGCGCCUCUCUGGGUUUGAAUUGCCAUGUGUGCCUUUCAGGAGAAUGUGCGAGCCAGGCUUUUGGUGCGGCUGGGAACUAAAGUGCUCGUUGUAGUUUGCUCAGUGGGGGUGUACAAGUCUGCCCAUGGAGGUCAUAGGAGCAGACAUCACUGGGUAAAUGCCAGCAAGAGCUCCUGGGUGCACUCCAUGACCGGGCAUUUGAAACAGCUGGAGUCUGUAACAGCAAACAACAUGAUCAGAUAAAGUCAGAGUCUGUAAAUGGUUAAUUGUAUGUUAUUGUGGAGAAAGAUUUAAGGAAAUACUGUCUGAUGGUGUCCUUGAUGAGUGGAAAGCACUCUCUCUUCGAAUCUGAAAUCGUUUCAUUUUUAUUUUUUUGUCACAGACAGCUCAGACAAAACGAAAUGCUGGUCUUAAAAGCUUGUGUUUUGGUUUUAGUUCUGCAAUCUCAGAGAGGAUUUUGAAGUUUGGCACAAACCAACACAAGUCUGGUUUUAUGAUUCUAAGGACUGGCUCUUAUUUUAUGUUUCUGAAAAGGACAAGAGCUCAAAUUACUCUGUAAUGCUCUGUCUCUCUGCUGUCCUAAUGCCUCCCUAGAAAUGCUAAUAACACUUACCGUGAAAGUUGGAUUUCGCUGGAAGUGGAUUUCAAAACAUCAAAAAGACUUUUCACCAUCUGUCUGUGCUGUUUAAAGUAAUCCGUGUGGGCAGCAUCUGCCAGGUGGAGUGAACCUUUCAUUUAAGAAAUUCCUCCUUCUCAGUGCAAAAGCCAAACGGACCUCGACCUUAAUCUCUGUCCUGCUCUUCAUCACGAGAGGCUGUGCUGUUUUGUAGUGGAGAUUAAAGCUGCAAGUCUCCAUUACUGUAAUUAUAAAUAAAAAUAACAUCUAUUUGACCUCUUGAAACUGCAUAUUUUGUACCCCCAAAAGAACAUGACCCACAGCUGUUGAAUAUAAAAUGAUUUGAACUAAUAAAUAGAUGAUAAACUUCAAGCCUGAAACUGCAACAGUGAGUGAGUGCCUGGCUGUUUUGCUUCUCUUGCCAAAUCUCAGUAAACACUAAACUGGCAUGACGCACAAGCAGAACACUCUGAGCCGAAUUGGCACGCAUUUGUAACUCAGCAAAUACAAGUCCCUGUUAGCUCUCUUUUGGUUGCCAACAUCUCCUUAUAUGAAGGUCUUUCACUGGGAGUGUCUUAACAAGCUAGUGGCUAAUCUGGUCUGUUUACAUCUACUAGAUGACAACUCUGUCUAAAGGCAUAGUCAUCGGUGUAUAAUGCUAAUAGUGACAAAGCUAACACAGCCCAUCCUAGUUUAGAUUGUUAGCAUGCUGGUGUUCUGGUCGAUUUUCCCUGAGAAUCUGUUUUGUAUUCUAAAUUCAGACCACAUGUAUUGUUUAUACAUGUUUAUACUGUUAAUACAAAAAUCUAACUGUUUUAGCAUUUGUCAGGAUUUUAUUAAACAACCUUCAGUUGUUAAGUUCUGCUUUGUCAGAAGCUCUAACUUUAGGCCAUUUCCCUCAAUUAAAGGGAUAUUCCGUAAAAUUAAUUUAGUGUCAAACACACCAUAACACCAAGUUAGACACCCCCUUGAGAGAUGAAUGUUGCCGACCACUUGCUUUUCUAGUUAUUUAAACUUUAUCCAGUCCAUUACAGACUGCAGCGGGGUGACACAACUCGAGGAAGAACAUCUAUGAUCAUUACUUUAUCAUUUUCUUGAAGUAAUAAUCACCAUAUUAAUCAUUUUGCACCGCAGACGCGGUAGUUCUUCUGCCUUAGCGUCUCGGUCUGAUUGCAUUUCCAUAAAAAAAUAUGAUCAUAAAUGUUCUUCCUUGAGCUGUGUCACCCCGCUGCAGUCUGUAAUGGACUGGCCUGAGGUCUCGCUACAAACAAGUAGCUACUGGAAGAGAGUAGGUGAGUUGUGUUUAGUCUCUUUGCUUAAGAAAUUAGGCAAAGCUAAAAAGAUGUUUGGUGGCUAGUGCUGUGGCUGAGACCCUAUAUGUACUGUUGAUGAAGUUAGGUGCUGUUCUGAGCCAUUUUGGUUGAAUAUCCCUUUAAGUUCUGCUUUGUCAGAAGCUCUAACCUCCAGCCAUUUCUCUCAGUUAACAGUGACUCUGAGUUUCACAGUCAGAGGAGGAUCAUUGCCUGAACAGGUUUAAAGGUGUACUAUGGCUUGGACUGACAAGUCUGGAGCUACACUUUGACAUUUAUUUAUAUGCUAUCAACUUCUUUAUUUUUUGUUCCACAUUUGCUGUUGAAAUAAGGCAUUAAACGAUGUCUGAUAGUUAUGACUUAGCAGUCCUUAACUAUGUGUAUUAUCUUGUGAAAUGUUCACAAAACUGUCAAAUGGUGAUAUAAGAUCCCUCUGGAUAGCUCUCUAGAGAAAUAGCAUUAUUUUUUCUGACCUCUGUUUUUCCUACAAACAACGAGACAUCUAGUGUUGGCUUACAGGCUUCAUUGUACUACUCAAUGAUAUGAUAUAAUAUCCUGAACUACACUCAUUCAUGUUAUUUGAAACAUGCAGCAUUCAAGCUGGUCUGUAUCUCUGUGUGCUAUCAGAGCUUAGCUGUAUAGUUUGUAUGAAUUCCUACAUUGAAGGUCUGCGUGUACAGACAUGUGCUGGGGGCUGAUAAGAGAAAAGAGCCAACAUCUGUGGUACUUUGUUGCACACUUGCGUCAAUUCAUCUGAAAUGACGUUUUUAGUCAAAGAAGCAGGCUCCCUGCUGAAUGUUGGCUGUGCAGCACACACUCAAUUAUUUAUGCAGAUCCAGUUCACAACCCUUUAUAACAUUUGCUCAGUUUCAGUUAUGUGAAAAUAGUUAAACCUCCGGGAUAGGAUUCACAUCAAGUAAUUUUUAAAGCUUUGGAAAGGAAGACAGUUUUUGGGGAAGGGCUGGUUUUUGUCUGAAACUUAGUUUAACUGAUGAUUUGUACUGAUUACAAUUGUUGUUUCAUCUUUUCCUUGGUUCUGUUUCUGCUUAUCCAAAUUUGGCAGUCUGUAAUCUUUUCAUUGAGAGCCUUGUGCCUGUCAUGCAAAAGUAGCCAUUAUGUUCAAUAUAUAAAUAUAUAUUCUUAAAAACACCACAGUGUUUUCACUAAAGGUAGUUCUGCAUUUUUUUUUUAUUUUCAAACUCCCAAAGCACCUGUUUGGAGAAAAUCAUCAAAUUAAAUGUUUUCUGUAGUUUGAGCCUUAAAGCAAGAUACUGAUACAGGGUUGAGGUAACAGUUUAGGUUAUGAGUUAACAGGCUGCAGUUUGUACCUGAGGAAAACUGAACUUGAUCAUCAGUUCUUCUGGCUGCAUGAUAAACAGUGCCCCUCUCAGUGGAGGGGAUUGUUAUUAAUGGACCCAGAGAGACACUUAAUCAUACGCCUCACUGUGAUGCUAAGAGGAAUGCAUCUCCACUUGCUUUGAAUCACUUGAAAAAUUACAGAGCUUUGGAUCAUGGUUGAAAUCCUCUUUUUUAGCGUUGUGAUUUAUAUAAUCAGACAUUAUGCAAUAUAACUGUCUUCUGUCUGUAUAGAGCAAUCAUUAUUAUGACCUUUUAAAAAAAAAAGGGUUUGGGGGCGCUUUUGGCAGAGACAACACAAUAUGUGCCCAUGUAUAUAUAUAUAUAAAUAAUAAAGGAAUGGUCAGGCAACAGCUGCUUUUGAAACAACUAGCAGAAAUUAACAUUUACAAAAGUUUUAAUGUGUGUUCCUGUGAAACUCAUCUAUUAUAUCCAAGUUUUUGUUGAAAAGGCACCUGGGUGUGUUGAAGGUUCUUGAAGAGGUUUCGCCUCUCUUCAGCUCUUAAGUGAAAGGGGCCAAAGUUGGAAAUGCAUAGCCUAGGUUGGUCAUCCAGCUGUAAGGGGUGGGUGAUCACCUGAGAGUCGUUCACAGCUGGGUCACCUGAGAGUCAUUAGCAGGGUCAUUGACCUGGCUUCGCCUGGGAGGGUGCCCUCUUGGGUUUCUUCAGGUUUGCCAUGCUUGCACGUUGUUGGAACCUGUGGUCCAGCACGAGAGUGUUGUUUUGAUUGUUGUCAAAAGGAAUCCAAAGCUGAAUUGUUAGUGGGGAAUAAGUGAUGCCUUAGUCCAUUGCCUCUGUUCAACAAUGGUUCCUCCAGUUUCACACAGAUUGCCUUCUUGACACCUCGUUCAAAUCCAUUAUACAAUUUAUAUCUGUUUUUUGGUCUCCCAACUCUUAACGGAAAUAAGUACUGUGCUUUUUUAAAAGUGUGUCCGCCUCAUAUUCAAUACUUCCAUAUUCACACAUACAGGUGAGAAAAUCUGUGGGAAAAAAAAUGUAUUUUGUAAACUGAGGCUUGUGGGAGAAAACCGUAGAAAGUAUAAGAAAUCCCCUGUUGUAACUUAUCUUGUAAACUACUUCCUACCCUCCAUAAAAAGAUGGCAAGCUGCCGGCAGCAUGAAGAAGAGGGCUGCUGUGAAACUGCUGACCUCUCAGCUGCAGUUUGGAGGCAGUAAAGAAUACUCAUGAUGACACUGUGGAUCUCCUCUAUGUGAGGACUUCUCACUCUGAGUUUCAACAGAAUUAUGAAAGUCGCUUAUGGCUAGCUAGACUCUGCCUACGUAUCCAUCUUUCUCCUUCUUCCAGUUAAAUGCCCAUGUAGAGCUUUUGCUGCAAAAUUUCCCAUAAACCUGAAUGAAAAUAGUAGAAUUCUGCUUCCAUAAACAUGCAAUUUCGUCUUUUUAGUGGUCAAAUCAGCAUUUAUCUGAUCCUCUUUUUUUUCUCAUCUGUUAUUACAUGUCUGCGUGUGUGUGUGUGUGUGUGUGUGUGUGUGUGUGUGUGUGUGUGUGUGUGUGUGUGUGUGUGUGUGUGUGUGUGUGUGUGUGUGUGUGUGUGUGUGUGUGUGUGUGUGUGUUCUCGGGUGCAUUUGUCUGCCCUGGAGGUUGCAGCCUUGGCUCUGCUGCGCUCCACUGAGUCUGCCAGGAGAUCUCAUGGACGCCUCAGUGGAGCAAACUCUUAAAAACACUGUUUACCCAGGGAGAUUUAUUUAAAGUUACAGAGCAGCACAAAGUCUCUCUCCAGCUCUUUUGUGUGUAUGUGUGUGUUUGAGUGUGUGUUAUGGUAUUUACACAUGGCAAUCGCUGAUACUCUAUGAUAGCAAACUGUGCAAGUGUUGGAUUUGUAUCAUUGUUCCCUGAUCCUUUUUUAAGACUAUAGUUACUUUAAAAUUUCACCUCAUUUUAGUUUGUCUUCUCAGUGAAGUGUCAUCCAUCCCAAACUGAUUUCUCUGUAGUCACACAGCUGCACUGAGUGUUCCCACACAAGUUCUUGUUAUUGCACGGAUAGAUUUGUCUCCCCAGUGACGGUCAUGUCAUGCAUGAACGUUCUUCCUGCUCCCUGAAGGUAGAUCCACAUACAUGUCAUCUGGAUUUAAUACAGUUUUCUUGACCUCCGAGGAACAUUAAUCACAUAUACAUUAUCCAUACAACUAUUAAUCUACAGUUAACAAACAAUAGGGAGAGGUUAUUUGCUUUCAUGAUAUAAUCUUUAAAGUGUUUCCAGCUUUUUCUGUCAUGUGAUUUACUUCUAAUUGUGCUCAACUUUAAAUGUUUUAUAUGUUAUCUAUUUAAUUAUUAUUGUAUUUGGAGUAUGGUGAAUGUUGACGGGUUAGUCAUGGGUGCACAGCAAGUACAGCACUGAUAGUACAUCUUACUGUACAACCUGCUGUAAAUGUUAACGCUCAGUGUAAAGUUUCUAAAGUUUAACACCCUGAAGGACUCUAUAAACAUGUCAGAGGAUGAAUCAAGAUGAACCCUUAAGCAAGGAUGUGAAGUUCUGUAUUUUCAGAACAAAAUAUGCACAUCGGAAUAUUUUGAAUGAAGUGAGUGAUAAACUGCAAAGUGAAAUGUCAGGUUAUGUACAGGCUCAAAUCUGGUGGUACUUUUAUUUCAAAGCAUUCUAGCUAAUGUUUGUGGUGAGCUUGUACCCAGCCUGAUGAGUUGGUGCUGAGCUGUUUUAGCUAUUUGGGCUGUGUUUACACUUGAAAGAAAGGUAAAUUAUAAACAGCUAGCUAACAGUACAAACAUAGACUGUAUACUUACUGGACGUAGCGCAGAGGCAUCACCCAUCUGUUUCUGAAUUGGAGUUUUGAUUCAUUUUGUCAGCCUACCUGAAAAGGGCUUUUUUUUAACCCAUGCUGUAAAUGUGUGUAUUUUUUCCCCCAAAACUGGUGUUUUUGGCUCAGUGUCUUUCUGGUUUCUCGUGCUCCUGCAGCCUGUCUCACACAGGCAAAAAAUGCAGUUUUUAGCACUUGUGCAUUGGCUUCAUUUUUCAAGACCGGAGGUUGCAGCUUGGGUACCAGUGGCACCAUUAUGCUAAUAAUGUACAAUCUUAGCACAAUUCGCACUUCAGUAUUUUGGUACACAAUAUUCUGAUUUCUGAAUAAGUCUGUCGAGAAAUAAUAUUAUUUCACAUUAGCUUAGCUUACAGUGAAAUGUCAUUGAGGGUAUUCUUGCUUUUUAUCCAGUGUGUCUCACAUCCCUGUUUUAGAUUUUAGAGACUCUGUGAGCUUUUUUGUCUUGCUUUUUUCGAACAAAAUGUGAUCUUUGCACAAGAUACUGUGCAUAAAAAUUCACCAUACGCUGAGUAGUUAUAUUAAUCGUCCAAAUAUAAAACAUGGCUCCAAGCAGUUUUCUUCCCCAGCUUUUAAGGGUUAUUUCAUGGUAAACUACUCUUUCUUAAGCUUUUAUAACUACACCAGUCACAGUCUGUUCUUUGUUGUGGGUUGUAAAAAGAAUCUUAAUUUAUGUUGAUGACAAAAACUUUCAGUUGGAGAGCUCUGUGUUCUUGGCUCCAAUUCAUUUGGGAACAUUGAAGUUUGAUUUUAAUAGUCUGCUGAGUUGAUAAUUGCUUUUCCCCAAACUAAGUUUACAGUUUCACAGAAAGCACAGACACAGAACUCAAAGUUCUCAAGAACCACUGACAAGUUGUAAACUGGUUGGUACCAGGCCUGUGAAACAAUAAAACCCUAUAAGCACACAUCCACACCAAAACCUCUUCAUAUGAGCAAAUAAACACAAGACGCUAGCACGUGAGUCACAUUAUACUCGUAAGUGGCUGAAAAAAAUAACUCCAUCGUGCAGGUUGUUUCUCAGUCAUCUGUCUUUCUGGUUUUGAUGAAAUCUGACUGUCUCAUACUUUUCUCUGCAGUACAUCAAGAUUCCAGCUCCCACGCCAGAGUCACCCUCUGCUAUUCGCAUUUUCUCCUUCUACUUAUCCAGUGACAGCAAAGAUCAACCUCAGGCUAGCUUCGACUGCAUUCAUCAAUAUGUUUCAAGGUAAGAAGUUCACUGGUCGAAACUUAUUUCUGCAUGAUAAGUCAUGCUGAAAAGCACAUUCAGGGCUGUUUGUUGUUCACAUGACCCCAGAUGAUCUUUCCAGUCAUGUAAGGUUGCAGUCUUGUAGUUCUGGGCCUCAUUUUGAGGGCAUCGUAAAGACACAGUUUUCUCAAUGAUUGCUGUAUACAAGAUGGGGCCAUCACAAUUUCCUGUAUAUUUCUGGGCCGACCCUCUCAUUACGGAGACCUGUGACGCCGUGUUUAUGUAUGAGUGUAUAUGCUUGGAAACAGAGGGUUAUACUCAGUUUCUGCCUUCUGCUGCCAGAUGGCUCGAUGUGGUCUGAACUCGCUCUGGUCCCAGUCAGCUGCUGGAGCCAAAAGAAACAACCUAACAGUGUGAGAGUGAGAGCCAGCUCUCUUUGCACCCACAUUAGCUUAAAGUACUGUGGAUCACAAGAAUAAAUGAUCUCUGGCCAAGUGUUUAAUUGUGUUAUGACAACAAAAAUGGGGUUGGGCGAUAGGCUCCUUUUUUUUUCUUUCUUCAAAAUAUAACAAAGUUGAUUUGGCAACUCUGUCAGUCCUUCAUUUAUUUUUAUUUUUAGCUCAAAUGCUACUCAGGUUCAGGUAUUAAACUUUUUUACUUUUGUCCAAGAUGAUCUCUGUUUAGUAAGUAUGCCGGCUGGAGCCAAGCUAAUCCCGGUAGUUUUCCACAGGCUUUAUCCUUCUUUGAACCAGGAUAUCUGGCUUUCUCUCAUGGAGCUAUAUCAAGCCUGUGACAUAACAUACAGUAACUAUAGACCUGUCUUAGCCAGAUCCUACCACAAAGCCACUUUAUGUUGCAUGGACUCAGAGUUGGUAUGCAGCUUUAGGUUAGCUUAUAGCAGUGUUGUCUGCGUAGCCCACAGAAAGCCCUGAAAGUUCAGUGGCUCUGUGUUUGUGUUUUGCAGUGACGGCCGAGAGCAGCUGGAAGGUCAAGGUAUCAUCCAGGACAAGAUCACAGUGUGUGCCACCGACGACUCGUACCAGAUGACCCGUGAAAGGAUGUCUCAGGUGGAGAAGGACAGCUGGAGCCGCUCCGCCAUCGAGAUCAAACCUGGCUCCACACAUCCAAGUAAGAAAGGGCAAGAUGAAGGGAAACCUGAAUGUGAUACAUGAACAGAUUUUCUCAAGAGACAGCAUUUAGCUUUUUUAAGAGAUCAAAAUAAAGAGAUGGACUUGUGACUUAAAAAAUUAAAUAAUGACUCGCUUCAAAUAAAAUUAUUGCUGUAUUUAUCGUGUGAACUCUAAAGUGGAUGUCAACUUGCUUUUUAAUUAAACCAGAUAGACAGGUAGCACUUGUGGUUCAGUGAGUAAAUCACACUCUUGUCUCAGGAAUAAUUAUCUGUGGUGUGCCUUAUUCCAUUCUUUCUUCCAUACUUGAAUCUGGAGAGUUUUUAAUGAUAGCUUGGUCAAGCAAGCAGUUUCAGUUGUUAAAUCUUCUUUCCUAAGGUAGAGAGCCAAAGGUCUUUCUUUGAUUCAAAUGCAAGAUGUAAACGAAGAAGAAAAGUGGCUCAAUUUUUUUCUCUCUUUUUUUUUUACCUAACUUCUUGACUUUGUCGGGUCACAAGCUCGGGCAGGAAUCACAAUCCAAUCACACCGACGUUUUUCCACAACAAUAAAAAAGUUGCUGCAUCAUUUGAAUUCGACCGACCGUUUUCUUUCAUCAUUUGCCAUGAGUUUUCAUGUGUUUUCUUUAAUCCUGUUGAUCAAGCAUGCCAUACAGCACAUUAAUCAUAUGAGCAGAGGCAUUGGCUGGCAUGCUGUUUUCUUUUUUCUCCGCCCUUUUUUCUCUCUGCCAGCCUUUGCUGUGGUUAUGCAAUAUUGUUUCUUGGCCCCCUGCGCAAGUGCUGCAGCUCUUGAGAGGCUGAAACUCUGGGAGGUUUAGAGCAGAUUUAGACUGUGUGGAUUGUGUAACGUCAGGUCUUUAGGUGAAGAUGAGUCAGAAAUGUAUAUGUCUGCAGGGAAACAUUUAAUAACUUCACUCUAUGUCCCUCCUUCAGCCCCAGGAGGGGCUCUCGAGCACAGUGCACAAUAUCAGGCAUGCCAAAACCUAUAGAGCACAAUCCUGACUCUCCAUACUCUCCAUACUGCAUUUCUUACAUAAAUCUUUGUGUUUUUAUACCGAUUAACAGCUGCAAGAGGACUAAUGAUACAGCACUGGGUUAUUAUCAUUUGGCUGGACAUACUUUUGUGGUUGAAAGGAAAGCCUUCUUUUCCUGUACCUCUUCCUCUGGCUGACCUUCAAAGCGCAGAUUAACCUGUAACGGGAUUAGCACGGAGAGAUAGCUUUCACUGCUCCAACAUGCCCCACCUGUCUCCAACAGAGAUGUAAGCAAUGAUCAAUGGGCUGUUUACAUCUGGAGACACACAGCUGCAGGCCAGUAUGUGCAUGUGAUUCGAUGGUAAAGGUUAGAGGAAGGUUCUCUGGUGAAUAUUUCUUUAUCACUCAGAUGAUUGUCAAGAUACCUGCCCAAAGAUAGAGAGAAAACAUGCAGCUUUAAGUGGUUGAAUCUGGCUGACUGUGUCUCUUGUCGGCUUGCUUUUUUGUUCUUCCUUUUAAAUGCACAUUUCCCUGAGUUCUUGUGGGCUUUGUCCUUUAUCAAGGGCAAAAGAAUUUGUUCCAGUUGGCCUAAAUUUAAGUUUCUCUAAAUGUCAGGAAAUGGAGAAUGGAUGUCUCAUGACUUACUGAGUCAUAAUUAAAGGAUAUAUUAAGGAUGUAAAAUGCAAAGCAGCACAUAAAUGUAAAGACGACCACCAAAAACUGUUUACCUGUAUAUUUUUUUCACUCAUCUUUUUCUUUCUGUAUAUUUUUGUUUUCAGAUAAAUGUGUCAAGUUCAACAAAAGGCCAGCUCCUCUUUCUUCUGGGUCAGAGAAUAGUUUCUAUAAGCCAGCCGCCAACAACCGGAGAAAUGGUGCAGUGGCCACACCAAGUCUGAAGCCUUUGAGGGAGCGAAUCAUCCACCUGCUGGCUCUAAAACCCUUCAGGAAACCAGAGCUGCUGCUGUGGCUGGAAAGAGAAAGAGCCAGCCCCAAGGACAAGGCCGAGCUGGGUGCCAUACUGGAGGAGGUAAGGAAAAAUAAUGUGUGUGAGUUUAGUGUGUGUGAUUUUACUGCUUUAAAUACAAUAUAUACAAUUGUUUUGCAUAAAUUUAACAUCGAUAAGGCUUAUACAACCUCAAUUACUGUCUGUACAAAAUGUGCACAACUCAAGAACAUAAAAAGUACUCAUUUAUGCUUACAGAUUUGUAGAUAUUUCCAGAGAUUAUUAUAUUUUUUCAGAUGAGUCUGUUUGAAAAGUUAAAUUCUGCUUUUUUGCCAGCAAGCACUCAGUCAUGUAGUGAAAGAAACCAGGGACCCGCUGUGCUUUGCUUAAAUUUUUGAUCUAAUUUAGAAAGGUUUACUUCAUGUCAGUCACUGUAUCCAUGUGGUUAACUGCCUAAAAGGUUGUAUGUUUAUUUUGUCAUCUUCCAUGUGUGCACGUGUGUCUGCUCCUGUGCUGAUGUGUGUCCAUGCAUGCAUGUAAUUAGCCUGUGGGUGUAAUAGUCUCUGCACAGAUUGUGUUAUAGUCGGGCUAGUCUCUCAUGUCAUCUGUCAGAUGACAUGAGAGAGGGGGUCGGUCCCUGAGACUGAGCUAUAAACAAAACCAAAGAAAAUCAGGGUUUUUGUCAGGGAUGCGGUUGUGACACUUGCAGUGAGUCCUAAGCCCCAUGACAUGGUUGUUAUUUGGCGCAAACAUUUCUAAAACGAAUGCCAUUAAUACCGUAAUUAUACUGUGUGUUCAGUGGUUGGCCUCAAAAUGAACAGUUUGUAGUCUCAUCAUGUGGUCUAUUGUGUUAAAGGUGGCAAAGGUCAAUCCCAGAGACAGCAGUUUCCUCCUGAAGGAUGACUUCUACAGACACGUCCAGAGGGACUGGCCCAGCUACAGUGAGGAAGAAAGACAGCAGAUCAGCCGGCUACUGGCCAGGUGGGUCAGACGCACGAGAUAAACCAGACGAGGGUGCUGUUAAAAUAAGCUGAUAAUUAAAUCUACCUCUCUGGUUAUACCACCUGUGUCUCUUAAAGGCUCAAGGGCCCAAUCUAAAAUGUGUUGUCUAGAGCACUACAGUGUGAAGUGAAUCAGAGCAUUUCUGACCCCUUGUUGGUAGUUAUAUUCAUAUGCUUUCUGGUCCUUCAAGACACCAUCUCAACUCACUCUUUAGAACAACACACCCGGAGGGACAAACUUUGGGGCAAAUUCUCUUGCACUCGACAAGAAUACUGGGAAGUUGGAAAAUAAUCAUGACACUUGCACUGCACACUGAAAAAACUUGGACUGGAUGUUCGAUAGGGGAAAAUACUGUCAAAGAAAAGGGAAUUUAACAUGCUCUUUUUAAAAAUUCCGGUACAGUGUGUCUCUCUCAACUUUGGGCAGGCAGUGGCUUCAGUUUUUUCUCUCUCAAUGACAUUUUCUUCCCACACUCUACAGUACAGUUUUUAAUAAACUCCCAGGGACACAACAUGCCUGUACUUGCUACACAAGAAAUCUGUUUCAUAUUAAUGCUCAGCUUUGGUGUGGUGGCUAUGGAAUUAUGAAAUAACAUGUUUCUGAUUCUCACUUCUCUAUCUUAUUUCUGUCCGGCCUUUCUCUUUGUUGAGCAGAAAGUUGCAGCCGCAAAUCAGUCACCAAUCAAAGAAUUCUCAAUCAAAUUCAUCAACAACAAAGACUCUAGAGGAAACAAUACUAAAUCAAAGUGCAGUUAAAAAUUCUGCAGUGGUAAGUAGCCUCUUUGUUUUGUUUUGUUUUUUUGCUUUGCUUUUUAGCCUUUUGUUUUUUUUAUUGAACUGCUUAUUUAUAUAUAUAUAUAGUUAGUAUACAUUAUUUAUGUUUGUUUUCGUGACUGCGACCCUUCACAUUGUACAGGCGAGGUCGGUUAGGGCCUGUGUUCAGUUUUGGCACUCCGUUUUACUCUGGUAGUGCCCACAAACUUACUUUUAAAGUGCCCUUUAAUGGUUCUUGCUGUUGCUAAGUUAUGACAGUUGUCCAAUUCCUCUUCCUGUAGCAGUGGCUGAAGUCUGUUUUACGUUGCUCGGUAUGUCUUAUAUUUGCUUUAAUGUAAUGUAAUUCUACAAAGAAAACAGUCAAUAAUCUGAAUAAUAAAACAUCUGAAUAAUGAUAGACAUUAUGUUGUUGCAUUAGCAGCAGCUCUAGACCUGAAAACCGCUCAAAUUCAAAGGAAAUCUGUGGUUGUUUUUUUCCUUCAUUUAAACUUUUGCUAUUGUUGUCAAAGUUGAUGUCAAAAGGCCCACCCCAUGUUGCUUCUGACUAGUCAGUGAUGUAAGAUUUUACAUACAGACAUUAACAAGCAGGGGUGAUGUUACAUAAGUGUAACUUUUUUCAACUGAGAGCAUUGAGCUAGGAGAAAAAAAAACAGCUGACACUCAAUACACCGAACUGAUAAUGUGCUGUUAGUGGACACCGGCCUAAAAAGGUCAGGAGAGGUAUUUUGUUUACAGUCUAACAGAUUUCAGCUUUAUCCCGGGGUCCCAUGGUUACCUUAAUGCAGUAUUUUUGCACAUGUUACAGGAUGAAGACUUAUUUUUUUUGUUUCUUUUUCCAGAAACGUCCAGUGCCUUUUGACUCAUCGGAAAGGCUAGCUAUUAAGAAACAAAGACUUGUGGAUCAGAGGUUACAACAGCAGCACACAGGAAAUGAACUCCUAUCCAAUAAAGGACAAAACUGUGCAGCUCCUACCCUCAGCCCCAGUUUACACACAAAGACUGAGUUUCAAAGAACAAGUAACCUUACUGGUAACCAGAAUGGCUUACUGGGGGGACACAAUGGCUUUCCUCUAACGCACAAACUGUCGAGCAUGUCUGACGCACCUGUUUCACAAAGUAAAGAGCAGGAGCCCAAGGUAGGCAGCCAUCAGCCUCCACAAGGUGACUCUGACUGUGCUCACCAGCAGCUCACGAACAGCCAGCACAAAAAGAAGAAAUCUAAAAAGCACAAAGACAAAGAGAGGGAGAGGCAUAAAGAGGACAAGAGCAGUGAAUGGAUAGAGACGAGUCCUGAUCUCAAGAAGAACCUGGACAAACUGGACAGUAAGACUCUUUUCUUUCACUGGUAUUCAUAGGAUGAAUAUAUCUGGAUACGCUUUUCAGGGGCAGUAUGAGAGUUCGGGGAUUUUUUUCAUUGCUUUUACUGAUUUUUUUUCUCUUUUGAUAAAUUUUAAUGUCUACUCUUCAGCUCCCUUCAAAACAAAAGCCUAAGCAUACCCACCUAGGUUAGAAGACCAUUGUAUGUGGGGCCUUACAUCCAAGAGACCACUGGUGUAUUCAUACAAUAUACCUCAUGAGCGUGUGUGCAUGUUCCCUGAAGUUCCCUCCCUUGAGUCCUGAGUGUGUUAUGUGGCUGAUUGACUCAACAACAGCCUGAGCAGGGCCUUGGGUCUCUGAGCUGACAUGUCUCUUGAUACCCUCAAGUUCUACUCUGCCCACUAAGUUCUGCAAAACAAAAACACAUGGCUGAACACUCAGGCAAUGACAAAGUGAAAUAUCUGAACUGGCUCAUCUCCAGCUCAUGUUAUCAUCUUCAUCUGGUCCUUUUUGUGUUGCAGAUCCUGACAUCACAAAUACUGUGGUCUCUGAGGAGAAGCCCGAUUAUGUGAUGUGAGUGUAAAAAUGUGCUUUAAAUCAUUUUCAUGUUUUUUAUUCCAUGUGAUUUCAAAGUUUUUGGAUUAAUUUAAGAUAGUUUGGCCAGUAAAAUAUUAGAAUUUAAUCAGGAAUUAAGAAUCAGUAGAUUAUGGCCUUAUGCUGCCAUCUAGUGUCAGACAGUGGUACCAUAUGAAAAGACAUGUAAUGGUCCUCUUCAGAAAACAGACAGCUAAGUGAGUCUUUGUUUCUCUUCACAGCACAUAUGGCACAAUACUGAGUUUGGAGCAGCGUCAGCGGUACCAGGAGGAUUUCUGCGCAGAGUACGAUGAAUACAAAGACCUCCACUCCCGCAUCGCCACAAUAACUCACAUGUUUGUUCAGCUUGGCUCCAAGAUAAAGAGUUUAUCCCCUGGUACUCCAGAAUAUAAGGUACACACUGAGAACACGGCUAGUUUUGAUCUGAUACUCAACUGAUUAGCGGUGCUAAGUUGCCGUCAUGUCCUCACAUAUUAACAAUAUAGUUAUGUGUGUUUUAGAUAAUGGAAGACCAAAUACUGGAAAAGUACAACAAGUAUCGUAAGGUAUGUUACACAAGUUAUUCUGUUGAAACCUCAAGAAUCUUUAGUUGGCUUUUACAUUUAACACAUUCACAGACACAUAUUGUACUAAGUAUAAAGCUGAUGUAAUACAAUCCCUGCUAAUACUUUUAUUCUGAAAGUGUUAAUAAAGUGCAUUUUGAAAGUCAUUUUCUUAGUUGUUACCUCAGAGAAAUAUAUCAGUGUGAAUAAAAUGGGAAGGGUGCAGCAGAACUUUUGAGCAAAUAAAACUAAUCAAAUUACAGUAAUGAGUUGAAUUAAUCAUUUAAAGAUGUAAAAGAAAAUUUUACACAGAUUAAUUUCAGGAUCACAUUCGAACAAAACCCUUUGAAUCUAAAAACAGCCACUGACCAGUGUUUAACAUAAACUCUGUUAUGAUGUUUCAGUGGUUUAAUAAUCAUGUCAAUAUUUAUUGUGUUUUUUUUUCUUAUUAAUUUCAGAGAGCUCAGCAGACAUCCAAAAGUCCCUCAUGGCAAAAUUUUACCAAGCCAAAUUUUUUUUUUCUUUUUAUGUAAUAAAAUAUUCACCAAAGUUUUGCAAUUUUACUUCUACUCCAUUAGUAGUAUUAUAUUGUGUUUUUGAUGUUAAAUACAAAAAAAAAGAAUCAAGCACAACUAGAUGGCGAGUCAACUAUGUGGUGUGGUCAUCGUAUAUUGGCCAUCGGCUGAGUUGCUCUCUGUUUAUUCAGUCUUGGCAUUAUCUGAUGAAAAACUAGUAUCAGUCGACCACUCAUAAAUAUUCUGAAUACUUUAUAUUAAAACAAUUGUGUUUCUCCCCUCUACAGAAAUUCCCAGGCUAUCGGGAAGAGAAGAAACGCUGUGAAUAUCUCCAUGAAAAACUGUCCUACAUCAAACAGCUCAUCGUGGACUAUGACAUCUCUCAGGCUUCAUCAUAGCGUCAGAUUUCCCCACAAUCGCCUGUUUUGCAUAAACAACAUGGGCAUCAAACAAGGGACUUUUACUGAGGGUGAUAUAAACAACAUACAUCAGUACUGCUGGAACCACGGAUGUUGCUGAGGAACCAAUAAUACAGAUCAGCACCUGAUUUUAUUCUUAUUUUUUUUUAUUUAUGGGUCUGAAUGUUAAAAAUGUUUUCUUUGGAGGUUUUCUGUUGAUGAGGAACCUUCAACUGAGAAACCAAAAAAUGAGAUCCUGGAAAGAAUCACAGAUAACAGAGAACUUCUCUGUAAGUGUCAGCCAUUAUGUUAAAAAUGUGUUCAAUGGCUUUUGAUCUUAAACACUUGAGUAAUAAGUUCUGGGCAAGUUUUCCCUUUUGUUUUCUUUUUACUGUAUACAUUUCAAGAAGCAGCGGUAAAAGAGUGUUACGUUUUCAAUUUAAUAUCAUGAUGUCUCAGUACUAAAAUCUGACUAGAACAGCCCUCCCAAAAAACUGAAAUGUUGCAACUUUAUUUACUCAGAUCCAGAUUCAGUCUCCGUUUAUUUAUAUGCAAAUGUUUUAGAUUAUCCUGCUUACUGUUGUUGCAAUUUCCCUCAAGGUUUCAAGCAUUUGAACUUCAGGGAAGACUAUCCCAAAGUGAAUCAGCAUCAAGGUACUGAAACAUGGUUGAAAUAAAAUCCCUGAAGAUGUCACCUUUUUACUGUAAUUAUGGAGAACAAUCUCACCCUCUGGCAGAAAAUAUUUCUGGGGUGCAAAAGUGUUAAAAUUGAUGUAUUAACCUGGAGAUAGAUGCAAUGAGGCAGUAAAGAGAUCCUACUUUUCACGAUUGAGGCAGAUUUCAGACCUCAAACCCAAACUUUUGAAGCAUCUGAACUAAACAAGAAGAAAGUUAGAAAAGACAACACUAGUUUUCUAAUGUCUCAGGAGCUGCAGGUUCCUGCUGUGUCCUGACUGCACUUGUGUUUUAAGUAUUUAUUCACAACAUCUCUUUUCAUAUUAAUAACUGGUAAAAAAAAAAAAAAAGACCAACAUGAUUCCAGACAAAAUUCCUCCCUAAUGUAAUUACCAAACUGUGAAUUGGGUUAAGUGUCUUUCUCUCAGGUUUUCUGGUUUUCAUUGGAGCGACUGAUAUAUUCAUUUAAAGCCACUUUCUUCUGUUUAAUCUGGAUUGUGUGCUCACUUUGAAGUGUCAGCUCUUCAGAUCAAAGAUUUUGUGAGUGGAGAGGAACAAAGGUCGUGGGUUUUUUUUAUGUCUAUUGAGCUGACACAGUAUCCGAGAGGGUUCCUCUCCUAAAUCCUUUAAUCUGGAUCUGAAUUUUCACUAAUGAGAGAAAAGCCCCAAAGCAUUGUGGUAAAUAACAUAUAUGUUCUCACUUAAUAUGCAUUGAAAUUCAAUGUUUAAACUUAGUAGUGAACAGUGAUUGUUUCAGUCAUCUUUAUUUUUUGGAACAUGCAGUCAUAAUGCUUUAAAAAUGGACGUUAUAGCCAGGUCUGGUACAGUAGUCCGGUCUUUCAGUUCACAGAUAUACAUCAGUUCCCUGUUGUUUUUGCACUAAAGCCAUGCCGAGAGAAAGAAAUUUUUCACCUAAAUUGUAAUUUUUCGUUAUGGUUACUUUUUUUUUAUGUUAUCUCUGUCAGCGAAGUAAAGCCUUAAGAAGACUCUUUUAUAGGACAAAAUCCUCAAACUGCUAACAUCAACAAGGACUCCUCAUCCACACACUCAUCUGUUAUCUGCCUUACAUUACAGCGAGCUUUUCUUUAGUUCUCUUUUCAUUUUACCUCUUCGACUGAUGCCAACAGUGACUUUCUCACACAUCUGACUACUUUAUGGAGGAUGUACUUCAUAAUGUUGUUUAAAAAACAUAUUACACAGGUUUUUACAGACUGUGACAGCAGAGUUUACUCAUUGUUUGAAUUUGUAACCUCUCUGGUACUUACAGAAUUCAUCAUUAAGACAGGUCAGGUAUUUAUUUGUAGGAUUCACUUAAGAACACAGACCAGCUUGGUUGGGGGGCCAAAAUCUUGAAUGAUUAUACAGUUCAAGCACAUAAAAUAUGCAUUGGUUCAGGCAGCAGGGGAUUAUCAGUUUGGGGGAAACAGACAUUAUAGUUUAAAGUCGUUGUUUGAAGACCAUGGUUUUUGAUUGAGAAUAAUACAAGAAUCAGUGGUCUUCAGGUUCUAAUGUUUCAUAAACUCUACUCUUUGCAAGUCUUAUUUUCAAGCAACAAUAAAAAAAUUCAUAAUAUAUGUUGUGGAGUCACGCUGGAAAUGUACAGCCGAACCAGCUAGCACUGCACAGGAGGUGUUUUUUUAUGUGUACUAUUUACAUGCUAAAGGGAAAGCUUAGCCCCAGAGGACUCUUUAUGAACUGCAUUUUACAUAUGUACACAUUUUUCCUGUUGCACAAGGUUCAAAAGAAUAAAACAUCAAA